AUGCAUGAAAAACCACCCAGUGUGCCACCGCCGGAACCGGAACCGGAGCCGGAAGAUUUGCAUGAAAAGUACAUCGAUCACUGCUUCGAGCUCAUCCGCAACGUACGGUUGGUGAAACAGGUGAUCGUAAUGAACGAUCAGGGCCAUCCGGUGAGGAGUACCAUCAGCGACGAAAGGGAAUCGGUUGUCACGGCCGGACUUUACGCUAGCCUGAAGGAUAAGGCCUGCUACUACCUGAAAGCUCUCGAUCCGGAGGAUGAGUUUCUUAUGCUGCGAAUUAAGACGCGCAACAACGAAGCCAUUGUCAGCACGGACCCGGAGCACGGUUUGCUGUACAUCACCGUACAAGUGCCGAAAUAG